AUGGAGGCGAGUUCAGAUGAAGAUAAUCACAACAAAUCGAAGAACAACACGAUGAAUUCUAAUGAAGGACAGAGCAAGCCUAAACGCCAGAUGAAGACUCCUUUCCAACUCGAAACCCUAGAGAGAGCUUAUGCCACGGAGACAUAUCCAUCGGAGGAGAUGCGGGCAGAAUUGUCGGAAAAAUUAGGACUAUCUGAUAGGCAGUUGCAGAUGUGGUUUUGCCACAGGAGAUUGAAGGACAAAAAGGAGACUCCAGUAAAAAAGCAGCGGAAAGCAGCUCCAUUGUCCGAGUCUCCUUUGGAGGAGAUGAGGAUAGUGGGGGCUGAGAAUGGAAGUGAUUAUGGUUCUGGGUCCGGUUCGGGUUCUAGUCCGCUUUCAGAGUCAAGGAAGGUGGUUUCAGAUGAUGGGCAUAUGAUGAGAAGGUACUAUGAUUCAUCACCACAGUCGGUUAUGGAACUUCGAGCUAUUGCCUGUGUGGAGGCGCAGCUUGGGGAGCCAUUGAGGGAUGAUGGGCCAAUUCUUGGAAUGGAGUUUGAUCCUUUGCCACCUGAUGCUUUUGGGGCACCAAUAGCAGCAAUUACAGAACAACAGAAGCGAAUGGGGUAUUCUUAUGAUGACAAAGUAUACGAGCGACGUGAUGCCAAAUCAAGCAAAGAUCAUGCCAGUGUUCGAUCUGAUGCAUAUGGACAGCUUGCCCAAUCUCCUUAUCAUGAUUCGCCAGUUGAUACUUUGAGGGGAAGAGCUUCACCAUUUGGUGUAGGCCAAAUAUCACGUGCUCGCCUCUUGUCUCAACAAGACAAGAGGGGGCCUGUUUUUUCAUCACCUCGGAGGGAUGAUGACUAUCUCCUGCAACGAGACACCUUUACAGUCAAUAGAACAAGUGCUCAAUCUAUUAGUCAUCCUGUUAUGGGACCAGAAAAUCCAAAUGUCUUUUCUGAUGUACAAGCCUUUCACAAUGACACUGAGCUGCGGUUGGAAAGGAAACGCAAGAUCGAUGAACCUAGAAAUGCAAGGGAAGUUGAAGCUUGUGAGAGUCGGAUGCGCAAAGAGCUUGAGAAACAAGAUAUUUUAAGGCGGAAGAAUGAAGAACGAAUGAGGAAAGAGAUGGAAAGGCAUGACCGUGAGAGACGAAAAGAAGAAGAGAGAUUAAUGCGUGAAAGGCAAAGAGAAGAGGAGAGAUCACUGCGGGAGCAAAAACGUGAACUUGAACGAAAAGAAAAGUUCAUGCAGAGAGAGUAUUUAAGAGCUGAGAAAAGAAGGCAAAAAGAAGAGCUUCGUAGGGAGAAAGAGGCUGUGAAACGUAAAGCUGCCAUGGAGAAGGCAACUGCACGCAAGAUUGCUAAAGACUCUUUGGAUCUUAUUGAGGAUGAACAGCUGGAACUCAUGGAAUUGGCUGCUGCAAGCAAAGGCUUAGCCUCUAUAGUUAACCUCAACUAUGAUACUUUGCAAAAUCUCGAUUCAUUCAGAGACUUGUUGAUCACAUUCCCAUGUGAGUCUGUGCAAUUAAAAAAGCCUUUUGGAUUUCAACCCUGGCUGGAUCACGAAGAAAAUAUUGGGAAUCUUCUGAUGGUCUGGAGGUUUUUUAUUACUUUUGCUGAUGUUCUUGGGUUAUGGCCAUUUACACUGGAUGAGUUUGUUCAAGCCUUCCAUGACUAUGAUUCAAGAUUGCUUGGUGAAUUACAUGUUGCUCUUCUGAAAUUAAUAAUUAAAGACAUUGAAGAUGUUGCAAGGACGCCUUCUAGUGGAUUUGGAAUAAAUCAAUAUUAUACAGCCAACCCUGAAGGCGGACAUCCACAAAUUGUUCAAGGGGCUUAUGCAUGGGGCUUUGAUAUACGCAACUGGCAGCAGCACUUAAAUCCAUUAACGUGGCCCGAAAUACUCCGGCAAUUGGCAUUGUCUGCGGGGUUUGGGCCACGGUUGAAGAAAAGGAGUGCAACAUGGACAGGUUUGGGUGAUAUUGAUGAGGUUAAAGAUUGUGAGGAUAUCAUUUCUACUAUACGCAAUGGAUCAGCAGCUGAAAAUGCAUUUGCAUUAAUGCGAGAAAAGGGUUUAUUGCUUCCUAGAAGAUCUAGGCAUCGGUUGACACCUGGAACUGUUAAGUUUGCAGCUUUUCAUGUUCUUUCUCUUGAAGGGGGCAAGGGAUUAACAGUGCUAGAACUUGCAGACAAGAUUCAGAAAUCUGGACUUCGGGACCUGACAACAAGCAAGACGCCAGAGGCGUCCAUUUCUGUUGCUUUGACUAGGGAUCAAAAGCUUUUUGAAAGAAUUGCUCCUUCAACAUAUUGUGUACGGGCAGCUUUCAGAAAGGAUCCUGCUGAUGCUGAGGCAAUACUUGCAGCAGCCAGAAAGAAAAUUCGAAUAUUUGAAAAUGGAUUUUUAGGUGUAGAAGAUGCUGAUGAUGUCGAAAGAGAUGAAGACUCUGAAGGUGAUGUUGAGGAGGAUCCUGAAGUUGAUGAAUUAGGUACUCCAUUGAGUAUUAACAAAAGCACUGUCCAUUCUUGUAAAGUAAAUACUUUGUCUGGGAAUGGAAGAGAUAAAGUCGGUAAUGAUGUUUCAUUAACUGUACAAAAUGAGUCUGAGAAAGGUCUUUCAUCUUUCUCUCUGAAUGGUCCAAAGGAUGCGGUGACUUCCAGUAUCAUUGAGCAGUGUGUUACUCAUAAAGAUGAGAGGACUAAUAAUGCUGAUGAAGAAAACAUUGAAAUUGAUGAAAGCAAGUCAGGUGAAUCAUGGAUUCAGGGACUCACAGAAGGUGAAUAUUCUCAUCUCAGUGUUGAAGAGCGUCUUAAUGCCCUUGUUGUCUUAGUUAGUAUUGCGAACGAAGGGAAUUCUGUUCGUGCUGUUCUUGAGGAUCGUUUGGAAGCUGCGAAUGCUCUUAAAAAACAAAUGUGGGUUGAGGCACAAUUAGAUAGAAGUAGAUUGAAAGAAGAGUUCAUCAGUAAAUUAGAUUUUCCAUCUUUUACUGGGGGCAGAGUUGAAACACAAUUAGCUAGUUCUGCGGUGGAGGGCAGCCAAAGCCCCUUGGUUCUUGUUGAGAGUAAAAAUAAAGAAACGUCUCCAAGUAACGUUGAGGAUCAGAAACCAUUGCCAGAAAAUGAAGAGAAUCACCUAAGCAGUGUUCUUUCUGAAAAAGCCUUGGUUGUUCAAGAUCUUCCCAUGAAUGCUGAUAACAUUUCAUCUCAGCAGCACGGAUAUGCUUCAAAAAGGUCACGUUCACAAUUGAAAGCUUACAUUGCUCACUUAGCUGAAGAGAUGUAUGUUUACAGGUCCUUGCCUCUUGGUCAAGAUCGCAGGCGUAAUAGAUACUGGCAGUUUGUGGCAUCUGCUUCUAGAAAUGAUCCUUGUUCUGGUAGGAUAUUUGUAGAAUUACAUGAUGGCAAUUGGAGGGUUAUUGAUUCGGAAGAGGCGUUUGAUACUCUUUUGUCAUCUCUAGAUACUCGUGGGGUUAGGGAAUCUCACUUGCGGAUAAUGUUGCAAAAGGUUGAGUCAUCUUUCAAAGAAAAUGUACGAAGGAACUUGCGGUCUGCAAACAUAGUGUGCCAAAGUGGAACCACAGAUAAAAACGAAACAGCUGAAACAGAAAGUUCCAAUUGCCAAGCUGGCAUUGCCAGCCCUAGCAGUAUGGUUUGUGUUUCCAGCUCAGAUACUUCGGAUACUGUUUCGUUGUUCAGAAUUGAGCUUGGGAGAAAUUCAGCAGAGAAGAAGGGUGCUUUGAGAAGGUACCAAGAUUUCCAGAACUGGAUGUGGGAAGAGUGCUUCAAUUCCUCAACAUCAUGUGCCAUCAAAUAUGAGAAGAAAAGAUGUGAGCAGUUAUUGGAUACUUGUAAACUAUGUCUCAACUCUCAUCUCUCUGAAGAUACCCACUGUCUUUCUUGUCACCAAACAUUUAAAGUUGGUGACAAGAAUUUUGAUUUUGCUGAACAUGAGAUUCAAUGUAAAGAGAAAAGGAAGUUUGAUCCUGGAAAUGCAUUUACUUGUGAUUCUUCUUUACCACUGGGAAUCAGAUUGCUGACGGCGCUGUUAGGUUGCAUUGAGGUAUCUGUUCCACAAGAAGCUCUUGAGUCAUUUUGGAUGGAAAUCAGCAGGAAGGACUGGGUUAUGAAGUUGAUAAUGUCAUCAUCAACUGAGGAACUCCUGCAGAUAUUGACCAUGUUUGAGAGUGCCAUAAAAAGAGAGAGAUUGUCAUCGCAUUUCGAGACUACUAAGGAAUUAUUGGGCUCUGCUGCGUUGUCAGGGAGUGCAGCACAUGGUUCUGCUGGUCUGGUAUCAGUUCCUGUACUUCCUUGGAUGCCGAGAACCACUGCAGCUGUGGCCUUGAGACUUUUUGAGCUAGAUGCAUCUAUUAUUUAUAUAAAGAAUGAGAAACCCGAGCCCUCUGCAGACAAGUCGGUCAAACUAUACAUGAAGCUUCCUUCAAGAUAUUCUCCCUUUAAGAAUGAAGAGACUGGAUUAAAAGAUAUAAAGCAAGAAGAGGACAGUAAAGAAGAGAUUGUUGAUCUGCGCAGUAAACGUAGCAGUUAUAAACGUGGACGUGGGGGACGAGAUCAAGGACCUGCUACUAAGUGGCAGAGAAGAGUACCUGGUUUAAAAUCUGAGACAGGCAGGCAGAGUUCUUCUAGAGGAAUUCAGAAUUUGAAUCAAGGACCAAGGCAGCAGGGGAGAAAAACAAAUUUGCAAGCAUCUAGUCGGGGUCGUCGCACAGUUAGGAAGAGGAGAGUGGAAAAGAUGGUCGCCAAGGAACCAUUGCUUGGUCGGAUGACUGACACGGUAGCGCCCAUAAACUACUUAUCGGAAAAAACAGCUGCACACAACAGCUAUGUUAAAUCAUUCAGAAACCUCAGUGAUGAAGAUUGGAGUGCUAAAAAGGGCAAGAUGGAUGUGGUGGAUGAUGACAAUAGCAACAGUAUGGAAGAAGCAGAAUCUGAUGAUAAUGUUGAAGAGGAGGCAUAUGAACAAGUAAAUUGGGAGCCAGCUUUCAAUGGCACUUCCAAUGGGUGGAAUGGAAAUUCAAUAGAAGCGAGUGAUGAUGAUGGAGAUGCUUCUAAUGGCAUUGAAGCAAUGGGUGACGAUGAUUCAGAGGGGGACAUUGAAAUGAGUGACGGGUCAGACCGAGCUGCCAAUCGGGUGCAGAAUGAUGAAGGCAUUGACUCUGCAGAUUCAGAUGAGUACAGUGACUGA